AUGGAGCGGCCUCGAUGCGUAACAGGGGGCGGGGCCCAGGUGGCGGAGCUCGUGACUCGCUCCUUGCCCUGGUGCUUCUCGUUGCCGGCACCAUCGUCGUCUUCCUCCUCCUCCCGCCGUCACUCGCGCCACUCGGGUUCUCAUUCUUUGAGUACGAUUACAACUUACAUCAAAGGAGAUACGCCUUUUCCAGAAUUUAAUUUCAUCUUGAUGUUGGAUGACAUCUCAGUUCUACACUUUGAUUCUGAGAAAAGUGUGCCUGAUCCCAGAAGUCUUGAUGAUACAGUGGAAGAAACUGGUGUGGUCAACCCAAAUAAUAUCAAAACAAUACUUGCCUACAUGCAUGCUGACCUUGAACAAAGAUGGUUAUAUGCAACAUAUGGCCUAAAUCUAACUGACAACAUUCAUGUUCAGCAGAGACUGGUGGUGUGUGAACUGAUUGACAAUGACCAACCUGGACAAAUGAUCACCAAGAAUGCACUCCGAGGCUCCACAAUCGAUGAACUCCGUCUUCAUGAAGGCAAAUUCACAUAUCAAAGUGCUAUAGAUGUCACAGAAGCCAAAAAGAAACUACAAAUGGAUUUAAUCCUGUGGCGUUAUGAACAUCUGUACUACCCAACAUGCACUGAAAUACUCAAGGGUUAUCUUAAACAAAGAAGUAAACAAGUGAAGAGGAAAGUGAAGCCCAGAGUGAGGCUCAUCCAGAAAAGACGCUCAGUGUCUGGGUGGGAUGGAGUAACCUGCCUGGCCACUGGUUUCUACCCCCGUCACAUCAACCUGACCAUCCUCAGAGACGGACAGCCAGUUCCUGACAACCUGACCACUGGAGGAGACCUGCUGCCCAACGGAGACGGGACCUACCAGAUGAGGAAGAAUCUGGAGCUCAGUGAAGAGGAGCUGAAGAAGCACAGCUACACUUAUACAGUCACCCACCUCAGCCUGGACAACAAGCUGGACGUCCAUUUGGAUUUUGAUCCAGGGGAGCCCAUCAGGCCCAUUCUUACAUUUGUGGUGGCUGCUCUGUUCUUGGUGACUGUGAUGGUGGUCAUCAUCCGGAUCAUAUACAAGAAAAGGCAAACAGGUAAGGGAGAGUUCAGAGCUGAAAGUGUUUUGCAGCUUUUGUAGUCAGACACUAAAAAACACAAUAUAUGGUGACACUAUU